AGCUGCUGAAAAGCAGAAUAUUUCAUCAUAAGCAGAGAAGAAAGCUGAGCAGCUUACAGCAGAAGAAGACCCAUCUCAUCUAGACACUACUGGAAACCAGCAUCGGCUGAAAGAUUACUCCUAAAGCACAAAAUGUUUAUGGAAUAGCUGCAGCACAAUAUUAUGAUUGUGUAAGUUCCAUUAGAUAUUUUAUCUACAGUCACAGCUUUGUCCUUGGUCUGAGGCAGCAGAAAAAUCCUUUGUAAUCAGGUCAUGCCGGUGUCACAAGAAAAAUGUCAGGAGCCUGGCAAGGUUAGCAGCAAAUGAACUACAGGACAAGCCCGAGUUUUCACUUCCUGCCUCAGCCCCAACAGUUCCACAUCUUUGGAGUGCUGGAUCCAACACAGGCCAAUCCUUUCUGACUGAUGCCUCUCACAGGGACAAAGUGAAGGGGGCCGCCUCAAUCUUCCCUUAUGCUUUGGGAAAUGACACACCCACUUACCUUGCUGCGCUCUUAACAGCCACUUGCAAUAGUGGCUCCACUGCAUAACCCAUUGUGUGCACGAGCCAUCGCCGUGUCUACCAUGCCUGAACUAGAGCGACUGGAUGGAUCUAGGCCCCCUGCCAAUGCUGGCCAGAUCCAGAGGAACAUCCUGGAGGAACAUGUGGAGUUGUGGUGGUUCCAGCAGCCCAGAAAAUCGUUUCUUUGCUACGGGGUGGCUGUGGCACUCAUCUUGGCCUGUGGGGUAGGCGGCAUUGCCCUGCUGUACAGUACUAGCAGCCGUUCUGGGGAAUGGAGACUAGCGGUGGGCACCACACUCUGCCUACUGGCACUCUUGGUAUUACUGAAGCAGCUGUUGAGCUCAGCCAUCCAGGACAUGAAUUGCAUUCGCAGCCGGGAGCAGGUUGAGCUGCUGAAGAGCGGUGGUGCCUCGGACUGUGCUGUGCUGCUCUUGACGGCCCUGGUGCUACUGGUGUGUGGCACAGUCCUCACUGCACUUUCCUCCACUGCUACCACUAGCAGCAGCACCACCACCACCACACGCCCCCUUGCCAGCAUGUUCAUCAGCGGCAUUGUGCUCACAGCUUCAGGAGCUAUCCUCUUGCUUAGUCUGCUUCUCUAUUUGACAUGGACCUCUUGUCGAUCCGCCACAUCUCACACCCGAGACACUGGCAAUGACAGGGCCCUUUUCACAAUAUCAGGACGCAUUGCAGCCAAUCAGCAGCUCGCCACUACCUCCAGCACGGCCAACCUUAUUUAAGUGAUAGCUAGCUUCUGCCGCUGACAGAGUGAGGUGGCAUUAACUCAAGAUUCAGAACUGGCAUUUGCACUUUAUUUUGCACCAACCAGCCUAAAAGACAGGCUGUUUCCUGCAAUGUGAUUGAACUUCAGUAUGAAGUUGCAGCGCCAAGAGGGCAACUUGGCCUUGUGACCGGACACUACAACCCACAAAAAGUCUUGCUGUUGAAUGCUGAAUUGGUAUUGUGUGAGUGGAAGAAGAAUAGCCAUCAUUCCAAAGGAAUGGUUUCUGGCAUAAGAAUAGUCUCCCAAGUGACUAGAGGGUGCUGUGAGUUUAGAGGGAUGUGAAGUGCAACAUUUUCACCAGUUUCUCUGAAAACCCAGCAUAGCCCCAUCUUGGCUUCUGAAGUACCAAGGGGCAUUGCUCCCUCUUUUUUAUGUGUAGCUUUGCAGUUAAAAGCCUAGAAACAUGCUUGAAAAAUGAAAGCUGCAUUUCUCAGGAUACUGAAUUAUGUGUCCAGUUCCCAUUUCUGCACUUGUAUGUAGCACAAUUGCAAGAAUCACAGAAUGUACACAGUCCUGUUAUGACCAUCCUAUGUAGAGAAAAGGGUCAGUAGUAGGUAACUAAUCUACACUGACUCAAGAGUUUGCUUCUUUGGUACCAGAACACUGAGGAUGAUGGCAAAGCUCACAGUCUUACCACCCUGAUCUGGCACUUGACAAUGAGGGAUGACUUUGGGUGACAUGUCCUGAUCGGAGAUGGGUGUGUAUGAAUUGGGGUUAGAAACAAGACUACAGAAAUGUGUAUCAAGACAAACAGUGCAUGCACAGGCAUGCAGACGUGUUGCUAUACAUGGAAUGGUAUUGUGACUGACAUGUGCAAGUGCUAAGAAGAGCUGCUAUAUAGGCACCUAAUUCACAAGGUGCAAAGAAUUAAUUCUGCUUUGCUUACUGAACUACUCAGGAAGCCUCUGUUCACUGGAAACUAUUAGGGUUGACUGAGCUUGUCAUGGACUUUCUUGCCCUUGACCCCAGACACUUAUAUGUGUAAAGUUCUCCAGCCUGGCAGUUAUGAUCCCUAUCCAUUCCCAGUUAUGUCACUUUUUCAAAGGGCCAUAAAGUAGA